UAACUUUGCAAUUGAUUGCAAAGUAUGAUACCACUAGAGGCUUCAUAAUGAAGCUUUCAUCUGGUAACGUUGAUAUUUUGAAGUAAUCUGUUAUAAUAGGAUAAAGGAGGCGAUGCUCGUUCUCGAGACCCCACAUUUACGACCCCUCAAAAACGAAGGUAUAUCCAGUCUUGUUGGAUCAUAAUCAUUGCUGAGUUUAUAGAGCAGGAAUACGAAUUGGUCGAAGGCAGCUCGUCGCAUGGUAAUAGGUCAAUGAGAAUAAUUAAGAACUUUGGAAUUUGAUUUACUAAAAACGAUUGGAACCAAAUAUGUGGUUGGAGGAAUGCGAUAGUUUCGCCGAAUUAUGGCGAGGUUAUCUGCCGUAUUAUUUAUUGAUAAUCUUACCGAUUUUCAUUAUUAUCUCUCCGGUUAACCCAGUUGCCGCAUCGCACGAAUUCCCCGUACAUCGGAUGCAUCAGUAUGACUUGCACGGUGUACCGCACGGUUGCCGUAGCGCUCCAAUUUCCUUGGAAGCAAGGUCUCUUACAGGAUGGAGUACCUCCAGACACUGUAUUGUUACAAAAGCCUUAGAUCUUACACCAACUUUGUUUAAUUCAAUCAAACAGAAGGCUGGAGGUUUGAUAGUAGUUUUACCACAAAAAAUCACUGAUUUGACACCAGAGGAGAAACAGCAUAUUAUGAGCUUGGAAGAAACCAUGCUGUUUGGACCAGAGACAACAAUUCCAGUAUAUUUUACUCCAUGGCAUCCAGACCUUCAAACUAUUUUGGAUGAUCUUUCAAAUGGAUUUAUUACCGAUGAGAAAGCUGGCUCAGCAGCUGAAGCCAUGUUUAACUCUGUAUCUGCUAGUGGUUAUCAAGUAGUUGUACCAACUGGACAAGCACUUGCUAAAACAGAUGUGAAAGUGGCUACUUUACAUGGAAAGUUAACUGGCACAGGAGCUGAAGAGAAAUUACCAACAAUAGCUUUGGUAACCCAUUAUGAUAGUGCUGGAGUUGCACCUGAGUUGUCUUUUGGAGCAGACAGUAAUGCAUCUGGAGUAGCCAUGUUAUUGGAAAUAGCAAGAUUAUUCUCUAUUUUAUAUUCUACUAGUAGAUCAAGACCUCAGUACAAUCUUAUUUUCAUUAUAACUGGUGCUGGCAAGCUGAAUUACCAAGGUAGUAAAAAAUGGUUAGAAGAUCAAUUGGAUGGCCUUGAAGGCUCCAUAAUACAAGAUGCAGCUUAUGUAAUUUGUCUCGAUACGGUAUCUACCAGCGAUAAUCUUUACAUUCACGUUUCAAAACCGCCGAAAGAAAAUUCUACGGGUGGUCUCUUUUGCAAAGAACUUAAAGCUGUAUCCGAAUCAUUGAACACUACCUCCGUUGAAGGUGUACAUAAAAAAAUUAAUCUGGCCGAAGAAACUUUAGCUUGGGAACACGAAAGAUACAGCAUUCGUAGAUUACCAGCAACAACGUUAUCUACUUUGAAAAGUCACGAAGAUCCAAUUAGAGCAACAAUCUUAGAUGUUGUACAAACAGGACAGAUAGAUAAGUUGUAUAAACAUACGCAAGUAGUUUCAGAGGCAUUGGCAAGGCAUAUAUAUAAUUUAAGUUCUAGUCAAAUCUUCACUGAACCAUUAGAUGUAUCUAAGGAGUCGUUAUCGUUAUGGUUUAAUUAUUUAGCCUCCCAACCAAGAGCUGCUCCAUUAUUAGCAGACAAAAAUAACAUAUUAGUUGGUACAUUAAAAGAGGGGAUGGCUAGGUAUCUUGGUGAUGUCAAAGUUACCUUACACAGUCCUGAUAAACAGGACCCUGAGUUUGUAUUUUAUGACGUUACAAAAGCUAUGCUAAACGUGUACAGUGUUAAGCCAGCUGUGUUUGAUCUCUUUCUAACAAUUGCCAUUAUUAUAUACUUGGGAAUUGUUUAUGCAAUCGUACACAAUUUCCCUCGUGCAUAUUCUCUAGCGACUCGCUUCUCAAUUAAAAAUAAAACAUCGUGAAUUUAUAUAAAAACAUAACAAAUUUAUUGCAUUGUAAAAAAUUCACAUCAAACCUUUAAUAACAAAUGUUACAAGUAUAAAUUGAAAAUCAAACAGAAUUGUAUGUACAUUAAUUUUCUUCAUAUUAUUCUUCAUUUAGACAUAUUGUAUCGUAGAUAUUUAUAAAAGUUAUAUCGUUAUUAAUUUCGGUAAAGUGUUUGGCCUUUUACCUUUGCUCUCGAUAAAAGCAAUGCAAAUAAUAUUAUAAAUAGUAUUAUAUAAAACUAUUAAUAAAUUGUCAAUUCACGUUUUUUGAUAAAUUACUGCUUAAAAGUACGUGAUAAUUAAGACCAAGUUAUAACAGACCAAAUAGUGAGAUUUCAGAAUGCAAUUUAUGAUAAAAAAGACUGGAAAAUUUUAGUAUAAACACAGAUUCAGAACAUCUAACAUAUAUCUAGUAAUAAAAGUAAAAAUUUCAAAUUAUACAUAGAAUAAUAGGUUGCUAAUUUUGUUAAAAUGCAGGCUGAAUAUUUCUUUUAGUAUACCUACUAAGUAGUCACUACUGUAUUUAUAUUAUAAUAUGCAAUAUUCACACUGUAAUCUACUUCUAAACAUUGUUUCUUGUAUGAAUGAAUGUAAUUCAGUAAUAAUAAUAUAAGAUGAUAAUAAACGGGUAGUAUUACCUAAUAGAAACAAGAUGCUUACAAAGCAGAUUCUUUUGUUAGAAUACGCGAAAAAUUAAUUACUAGAUACCGAUACUGUGAGAACAUUUGUUAGAUAAGGCAAAGCAACUUAAGACAUAAAUUAUUUAAAUAAUAAAUUAUGAUGAAUAUUUAUUAGAAAUUAUUUAAAUAAAAUGUAAAAAGGUUGUAAAAUAAAACUGAAAAU